ACUACAAUAUUCAACAUUCGAAUUUUGAAAUCGUUAACGCUUCUUCAGUCGUGUUUGUUACGAAUUCGAGUUUUCUUUGUGAGUUUCUAGAAAACUGAGCGAAGUAAUUGUUUUGUAAACAGCAUUGUUGUAUCUCCAAGUUCAGGGCUAUAUUGCAAAGUAUUCGGUUUCUAUUACGACAGCCAACUUUUUGCAUAUCGGUGGUUUGAUAUUCUGUGACUGUCAUCAUGUCUGGAAGAGAAAUCUAUUACUCUGAGAAAUACUACGAUGAAGAACAUGAAUACAGGCAUGUAGUUCUUCCAAAGGAAAUGGUGAAGCUGGUUCCCAAGAACCACUUGAUGUCGGAGCAGGAGUGGCGUGGUAUUGGUGUGCAGCAGAGCCAAGGGUGGGUGCACUACAUGACGCAUCAACCUGAACCUCACAUCCUGCUAUUUAGGCGAAAGAAAGAAAAGAAAUGAAGCGAAUAGAAAGCAGGUGGAGCAAGGUGUAAAUGUAUAGUUUUUACUGAUAUUAGGAUUAAUACUAGCUUUAAUUGAUAAUGCCCAUCCAACUAAUUAUGAAUCUCUUACUUUUCAUACAAACAUUGUUGAGCAAAAGACAAACAAUAAUUAUGAAAUGAUAAAAGUUUGGUAUGAUACGGCUGAUUCUUAUUUGUAAAUUGUAAGUGUUAUAGAAAUGUUCUGUGUAAGUCUAAUUGAUUUGUGCUUAUGUUAUAUUUUAAUUACUAAUGAUUGCAUUACCAGCAUAAUUAAAGUUUGAUUCAAAAUAAUUAUUCAAUAUUUAUUUACUUUUAUCAUUUCAUACUUCAGUAAUCAUUUUGUAUUAUUGACAGUACAUACAUAAUUAUAUUGUUACAUGUGUAAAUGUCAACUAGCUCAGAAUAGUCAUACUUUCAAUAUUUUGUGGGCUUCUUUGAUCUUCAUUCCAUAAUUAUUAAGUUUUGCCAAAAGAAGCAUGGAUCUAGAUCACAAAAGAACAUACAACUAACUUUGAAAUUAGUACAAUAAUUUAAUUUUUCUUCUAGAUCAAUGCUUGUUUUUAUUUCUUGUAAUAGUCAUUAUUUUUUUAAGUAAAACUACUGUUUGCGCCAUGACAUUUUGGUAGAUUUAGUUGUGUGCUGCAUAUAUUAUUAUAAUUAAUUUGCUACUAGGCAUACAUACUUAUUUGUUUUAAUCAUUUUCUUAAUAUUUCUUAUAGUGUAAAUAACAACGUAAUUAGUUUGCCUUGAAACUUUUGAUCAGUAAACCUAAUUAGGAAUGCAUAGUAUAUUUUUAGGAAUUUUCACAUAGUGCCUUAGUAAUUAGAAUAUUGUGAUAAAUGUUUUGACUUGAUGUAAAAUAUAGCAAUGAAAUCUGGUUGGAAGGGACCUGUUUGAUGUUUGACUACCAAGUAAUUGUUUGUGUAUAAUCAGAGACAAUCGUAUUGCAUGUUGUACAUAAAGUGGUGUAAUUAUCCGUGUUUUGGCAGCACAUUUGUUAUCUAACACAGUAAUAAUUGGAAUAAAUUAUUUGGUGCUAUGUUUUAAA